ACGUGGGCACGGUCCGGGUCGCGGCCGGUCCGCGGCUGGUGCGGUUCCGAGCAGUGGGGACGCGCGGCGCGCAGGCGGAGGGGCGACGCGCUCUGUCGGCCGGGCGCGGCUGGCCGCGCCAGACGUCCGUCAGCACAGUUUCAGCAGACGCUGCGCCUGACCCGUCAGACAUCGACGGGUCCGCAGAGCCCGGUGGGCAGAGCGGCCCGGGACGUCCCCGACAUGGCCGACCCGUCCCAAGAGCGGAUUGUGAUGACACCGCUGCCGAAGCGCGGCACCACCUCGGCCAUCCUGGUGGAGCGGGUGUCGGCGCCGCCGGCCGAGCCAGCCGCUGGUGGUGACGUGCACGUCGCCGGCGGCGAUCACCACGGCAUCGUUGUCAACAAGAGCAGCAAAACAGACUACUCCAGCCUGCCGCCGGCGCAGAUGUCCCUCGAGUUCAAGGUGUUUCUGGUGAGCGCCGCCACUGGUAUGCACACACAGGAGUCGCGCACCCUCCGCUUCUGGUUCAAGGACUACGUACCGGAGGCGGAGCAGGCGCGCUACUCGCAGGAGUUCUUCAAGGAGCUUGUCAGCCCGCUGGACUUCCCCAGAGACUAUGUAGGCUUCAUUAAGAAGAUCAUGAAGUUGAUGCAGACGAAAUACAUAGACCUGCGGCGGACCGAGAUCGAGCUGUGUCAGCUGACCGAGUCGGCCUCGGCGCCGGUGCGCCCCACCAGGCCGGGCUACAUUCUGUGCUCGGUGGGAGCUCCUCAGCGCCCCUUAUCGCCUGAGGAAGGCCACGCCAACGGCGAGGUGGAGCUGACCGAGGCCAAGGUGCUGGAGAUGAUCGAGCAGUCUUACCCGAACCCCAUCACCGUGCAGCAGAUGGCCAAGCAGACGUACCGGGCCGCGGAGGAGAUCCAGCUGCACCUGUCCAGUCUGACGGAGCGCGGCACCGUGCGGCCGCUCGAGUCCGGCGCCUACACGCGCGUCCAGCAGAACGACGCCGAGGUGACCGUCGUCAAGCAGAUGCCGACCGUGGUCAGCUCCAAGCAGCCCACCAUCGCCAUCAUCACGGCCAACUACUGCGAGAAGCUGGCCGUCGACGCCAUGAUCGUCAACAAGGAGACGUUCGUGCGGUUCACCACCGUCGGCGAGUCCAACGUCUACACGCUGGGCAACGUCGGUGCGCACCGUGUGGUGUCGACCAAGCUGCCGACGGUGGGCCACACGCGCGGCGCCGUCAUCGCCGCCGGCAGCACGACCACGCGUCUGCUGGGCUGCUUCCAGCAGGUGGAGCACGUCUUCCUGGUGGGCGUCGGCGGCGGCGUGCCGCACUACACGGACUACGCCCGCCACGUGCGGCUCGGCGACGUGGUGGUGGCCGCGCCCACCGACGGACAACGCUUUAUCUACCUGCACUGCGAGCGGGCCAGCGAGCUGGAGUCGGGCGCGUUCGAGUUCGAGACCAAGUCGUGGGGCCCGCCUUGCCUCGACCUGCAGAACAUCGCCGCGCUGCUCAAGCAGCAGGGCGAGGAGCACCCCGACUCUGCGCCCUGGGUCAAGUACCUGGCGGACGGCCAGCAGCGGCUGCUGGAGCAGGACGCCGCCUUCGAUCGACCGCCCGAGGACACGGACAAACUGUACAUGGCCAUCGGCGAGAAGGACUUGAUCGAGGUGGCGCACCCGGCGCCCGCCGAGAGCACCCUCAACCUCAGGGAGCGGGGCCGGCCCAUGGUCCAUCUCGGGCCCGUGGCGUCCGGUCGCCAGGUGGUCAGCCACGAUCAAAUGAGACAGGAGUUCUCCAGCCAGGUCGGCAUCCUGGCGUACGACGCCGAGUACGACUCGGUGGUCGAGAGCAUAUACGGCAACAGGAAGGACAACUACAUCUUCAUCAGGGGCAUCGCCGACUACAAGGACGGCAGUCGGGGCCGCGAGUGGCAGCCUUACGCCUCGCUGACGGCCGCCAGCUUCAUGAAGGCCGUCAUUUGCGCCAUGGACCCGCCCAACGACGCGUGAGGCGGCGGCUGGCCGGCCGGGCGCCGAACGAGCAGUGCCGCCGGGCGCCGCGCCCGAGACGGCACGGCACGUGCCCCUUGGCACACCGCAAUUAUUGUUUGUGCGUUUUAUAUUAUUUAAAGUAUGUGUUCGUUGCGAUGAAAGCUUACGCAUUUUGUAUUUGCGAACCGUGGCGACGGAGGCUGGACUGGAUGAGUGUGUCGGUGGAUGGGGCGGCACGAUAGGGUCGGGCCGGUCGAUUGGACUUCCUCUACUGGCAGCUGUGAAACUCUCCACUGCCGUUUGUUGUAUUCAUAAUGUUGUGUCAUAUGCAGCUCAGAAUACCAUCCCAUGCCUUCGGAUGCUAUGCCCUGACAAGUGAGAACUCUUGCACAGUUAAUUAAUAACUGUAGCUCAUAAUACCACUCUAUGCCUUCGGAUGCCUAUGCCCUGAUAAAUAACAACUCUAACUUGACUGUCACUUUCACUCGCCUCGCUUGUGACCUGUCUCGAAGUUUGAAUCGAUACCGAGCCUGCCGGCGACACUUCUGAAUUCAUCGCGACGUUUCGUGAACUGAACUGUAUUGUUGGCGUCGUUUCAUCAGCUCCCCGCGUUUUCAUGUGACGUUUAGCAGUUUUUGAAUAGGCGACCCUCGCCGUUGGGCGCCUAAACCGCUGCUGCUGCGUUGUUGACCCGGUCGGACUCGCUGUGGCGGUGGGCGCAACUGAGGUGUGCUCGUCUGCUCAAGCUGUGCACGUGUGAGGCAUUGGUACGAGUCGCGCCGCUGCCGCGUCCUCGGUGACACCGGGCAGUGUUCCCUGGCCGCCAUCCAGCCUGUCAUGGACGCCCCGUUCCUCAACACCAGCGCGUCUAGGUUACGACCAUGCGCCGGCCACGUCCACCACCCUCGCUAACUCUGUCGUGGCGCUGGAGGUCACCGCCCGCACGUGGAGGGACCUCGCUAUUCUGCAUCCGUCCUCUUCACAUGCCAUAUUUUGAUGCGUUCUUCGAUUGUGUUAGCAAUGUCUAGAAAUCUGGACGUGCUCUUUGUGCGCAUUCCUUGCAUUUUCUUCUCUAUGUGGCCAUUUCCGUUCAUGUGCUCUAGUGUACGCAUGAGUCGCUCCACUUCAUUCUGGGGCUGUAAUUCCCUGCUUCCCUAGUCCGGAUGCUGCUCGGUAGGUGCUACGAGUGCUUGCCCUCGUCCUGAAUAACAAUUAUGAAGGAAAGUGUCGGAGCGUUGGUGAAUAAGUGUUAAUUAUACCAAGAAAAACUUG